AUGGGAGGAGGGAGCGGGAUGGUGGUCGGGGAUCAGUGCGGGAUGCUGAUCAAGCAGUGGGAGGCGAGGUGCCGGCUCGCGCCGACCGUCUGGCAUCUUCAUGGUGCGCCUGUCACCCCUUUUGUCUGUUGCCUUGGUGAAAUGUUGGAUCGGACCCCGAAUCGGCCGGCGUCUCCAUCUGGCAGUUCUGUCGGUCUCGGUGCUGUGGAAGCCGAGAGUUUUCGCUCUCGUCUGCAUUUGGAAUUCCUGUAUGUUCCCUGCUUCUCCUCGGGAGAUGUCAUUUGUGAAUGUCGUGUGCGUGUGAGCCGUGAUGUCGUCGUGGUGUUGGGAUUACCCAAAGUUCAUCCCCCUGGGCGAGGUGUUCUGGCCACCGAAGCCCACGACGACGACGACGACGACGACGACUUCGAUGGCACGCUGCCAGUUUGGAACGUGACUCACGAUUUCGUUUGCCAUAAGUUGUAUGAUGUGGAGGGAAUGACAAUGGAAGAAAAGGAUCGUCCUACUGUUGGCGAUCAGUCUGAUAAUGAUCGGAAUGGGGCUGGGUUCUCCUGCGAGGCUGGUACUCGAGAGGAUGUUCAUGCAAAAUCAGAGCUGGAACAGUUCCUUGCACAGGAAUCAGCAGCAAGAGACAUCAGCCAGCCCCUGCCAGAUAUUCUGCCACAGAGCGAGGAGGAAGCCACCCCCCUCUCCAAGCUGUCUCCCCUGGCACCCGAAUUCUACCCUAGUCACCCUCAUGCCUCCAACCCAGCCGACACAGAGGCAAUUGAGAAGUCGCCACUGGGAUCCAUGGAACAGGAGAUAGAGGCAUUGUCCCUUCGUGAGACUGCUGACCCCUUUGGGAUGCAGCUGGCUAACCCUCCACCCAAGGAUGUUGUCCAGUACCCAACUCCUGACCUGAUGCAGGUCCAAACACCCUACACCAAUCCAUUCCUGGUGCCUGAAAAUAAUGACCAGGUGCCUGAGAACAAUGAGCAGUUCCCAACUCAUAUCACACCAACUGAGGAUCAGCAUGAUUUGAAGAGUGAGUCCCAGGAACAUUUCCUGGAGAAGGAAGCCCAGGAACAUGACCUGGUGAGGGAUGCCCUGCAACACGACCUGGAGAAGGAUGUCAAUGAGCAUGAUCUGGAAAGAGAAGACCAGGAACAUGAUGUGAAAAGAGAAGUCCAGGAACUGAUUCCAGAUAUAUAUUUGGCACCAUCUGAAGAACAGCAACCACAAACAGAAGAAGAAUGUUGCUCUCCCAUUCAUAAGUACGAGGCGGGGAGCUCAGAUCUACUGUUCCUUGGUGACCCAGGUAAAGCCAAAGAACCUGACAAUUUGCACUCACUGCGUGAAGUGCAGAGUGAGGCUCAAUUCAAGCCCUGUGUGUACAGAGAACAAGAAUUGCACCGAUCUCCCGAAGUGGAGAACCUGAACAACAUGCCCGAAACAGCCUCGAUGAACCAGAAUGCUCCUGCUGUCCCUCAGGAGUUGCAUCUUCACCAUGCUAAUGACGUGGAGGAUUUGAGUCAAGUCAGCCCCUUGACUCCUGUCUCUGAGUCCAUUGAUAUUACCAAGUCUGAUACCAAGGUCACAAAGGAGAGUGAAGAGGUUGAGGUCCUAGCAGCUCCAUGUGAUUCCAAGGCGAUGGACCUAGAAGACAUCCAAUUGCUGGGUGCUGCAACUGCAGAUUUGCUGGAAUCAAAUAAAAUGAACAUCAGCAUCAGUUCUGGCUCAGAGCUGGGCCCAGCAUCUCCUCAAGAACAGAUUUCUGACACUAAUUUGAUACCUAUGGAAAUAACAUCUGAGGUGAUUUCAUCUCCCGAACCUCCCUCCCCUAAGCCGGUUGUCGAACCAGAAGUGUCAAAACUUGACAUUGAAAGUGUUGCUGCUGUUGCCACUGUUGCUGCUGCUGCUGUGGCAGAAGCAUCUCCAGCACCUAAGAAGAGUCCAACGCAAGUGUCCCCAUCCAAGGCUGGGCCGAAAAAACAAGCAGGGGCCAAGCCGGCUGAAAAGAAGCCACCAUCGCCGACCAAGACCCAGGCAAAGCCAGCAGCAACACAGCCAACGAAGACUGACAGGACGGCCAAGCCAGCUGCUAUGAAACCGGCUCCCAAGACGACCACAGCACCUCGUCCUGCAGCGACUCAAAAGCCAACCGAGCCGGCAAAGAGACCGGCAUCGCGACCCACGACAUCCACGACUGCCCCGAAACCGAAACCAAACCCUGUUGCAAGUACUGCAAGAAAGGUGCAUACUGGAAUAUCUAAUAGCUUGCGACCAACUGGUGCACCUGCAUCGACUGCUGCCCCCUCCACUGCAGCCAAACCAACAACAACUAGGGCUUCUACUUCCCCUGGAGCUAAAGCAAGGGCACCGCUUCGUCUGGCUGGGACUCGACCACCAGCCACAGCAACUCACACAAAACCAUCGAUGGCAUCGACGACUGCCCGCCCGGCGACCAGUAACAAUGUGGCAGCAAAGCCCUCGCGCCCUGCCACUGCUGGCACGACUGCCACUGCUGGCGCAACCAAACGUCCAACGGCCAGGACAUCCACGAUGACGACUGCAAGACAUCCCACGUCGAAGCCCGCUUCGGCCGUGACCCGAGCCCGGCCAGCAACUGCAACUGCAACCACAACUGCAACAGGUGCAACAUCCAAACCGGCUGCGACCAAGCCGUCGACGGCCAAGGAGCCCAGCAAGCCUCAGGCCUCCAGGAAGCCAGCAGCACCCUCAAAGGUGUCUCCUAUAAAAAGCCCCAGAGCAGCCACUGGGGCCUCCAAGCCAAAGGCAGGAGAAGCCAAGAAAAUUUCCAAGACUCCAGAAAGCAAGUCCCCGGGAAAAGACGGGACCCAGGUCUCGGAGGGUGCUCCGGCGACUGACUGCGCCUUGGUGGACUUUGGUGCUCCGGACAAAGAUGACGUCUCUGUGGUCGAGGGCGCUCCGACAGUCGGUGCUCCCUCACUCGAAUCAAAUCCCCAGCUGGUCAACGGUGAUGUGUGAAGGACUCCUGGCCGGCUUACCUUCUUUGCAUUAAAAAAAGGGAUUGGGGUAGUCAUUGGAAAAUGUACCACUUUCUCUUUGCAUCAGCCUUGACGAGUUCCAAUGGAGGAAUUCCCAAUACAGUUAUGGAAAGCUGGUGUGAAAGAAAAGUACUUUUUCCCUGAAUAUCUUAGAUCCUAUUUUUUUUAAAGAGCUGUACUACUUUUGAAAUUGUGUGAUUUGUGAUGAAGGUAUGCUUUAUAGAACUUGAUAUCCGAUUCUAUUCCUGUCUCUCUCCAUCUUGCCAGACACUAUCUUGUCCAUGGCAAGGCCAAGAGAGAACGAAAGAGAGAGAGAGAGAGAACAAAAUCUUUGCGGCACCUGCGAAGAAGAAAAAAAAGAGAGGAAAGUGUCAUUUUACUCCCCGUUUUACUUUUUUAUUCUCUCGUCUCCCUCCAUGCACAUGCUGUUUUAAAUGCUCUUUUGAGAUCGCGUGCCGCCCGUGAUUCUUUCUUUGGGCCUUAUCUUCGCAGCUUGUAUGGAAAUAAAGACCGACAUUUGUAUCAGGAAGC